AAUCUAAAUGACAGUCGGAUUGUUUUGACUUUUUGAAUUAGGUUAUAAAAUGCAAGUCGUGUGUGUAAGCAUGGGGCUAGAAUAAAGAAAUAAUAUUUUAACGUUGAAAAUUUAAUUCAAUAUUUUAUAUCAACACCAUGGAUCUAUUCGUCAUCAAUAGAUACAGAGAUACGAACGAAGAUGAAGUUGUAGACAUAGUAGAACAAGAAGCUCAGCAUUUAGAAAAUUUGAAGAAACGAAUUGCAGAAAGGAAAUCAGCAUAUGCUACCAAAAAGCCAUCUAAUGUUAUUACUCUUAAACCCCAAAUAGUUGUAGAGGAACAUGAAGAAAAAGAUAAAGAAAAACUGGAUACAGCGAGUGAAGAUCCUCAAGUAGAUCCUAGUACUAACGUAGUACAGAAACAAGAGAGGAAAAGGUCUAAACCUUCCCAUGAAUUUAAGGUUUUAGGAGUUAAUGAUUUUGAAAAAAAGGCGAAGGUUUCCAGAGUAUUGCCUUUCUGGCUAUCACAUCCAUUUCACAUAUCAACAAGUUUAAAAUCAUCAUCUUGUUCUGUUGAGGACCAAGAUUGGUUACACAGCACACUGAAGGCUACAUUGUUAAGUGAAGGUGUCAAAAAUUUGUUUCCUGUGCAAGAAAAAGUUGUUCCAUUUAUACUGGAUGAGCACAAAUUAAGUUACCCAUUUUGGCCUCAUGAUAUUUGUGUCUCUGCUCCAACAGGCAGUGGAAAAACUCUGUCUUUUGUUCUGCCUAUAGUUCAGAUUCUCAUGAAUGAAAUUGGAUGCCAUGUUAGAGCCUUAGUGGUUCUGCCAGUCCAAGAAUUAGCAGCGCAAGUUGCUAAGGUAUUUAAAAAAUAUUGCAUGAAGACACGGUUAAAGGUUGCAUUAUUGGGAGGAUCAACACCACUGCAACAGGAGCAACAAAGUAUUGUCAGAUACACUGAAUCAUCAGGAUGGGUUAGUGAAAUUGACAUUAUAGUAUGCACAGCUGGACGGUUAGUAGAACACCUACAAAACACGGAAGGAUUUUCCUUGAAACAUUUGAAAUUUUUAGUUAUUGAUGAAGCAGACAGAAUAAUGGAUCACAUACAAAAUGAUUGGCUUUAUCAUUUAGACAAACACAUUAAACUGGAGAAUGAGCUAAUGACUGGACGCCACUUCAAUGCAUGGUCCAGUCUAGUUGAACAAAAGCCUCCACCCCAGAAACUGCUCUUCUCAGCAACUCUGUCUCAGGACCCUGAGAAGUUAGAACAGUGGGGUCUAUUUCAACCUAAAUUAUUUUCUGCUGCCAAAUCACAAAAUUUUGAUGAUGAGGACCAAAUAAGGCUAUAUGCUACACCCGAAGAAUUAACAGAGCAAUGUAUCACAUGUGAUGCUGAGCACAAACCACUUGUGCUCUAUCAUUUCUUAGCUGAACAAAAAUGGGACAAAGUGUUAUGUUUCACUAAUGCAGCAGAGGCAGCCCACAGAUUAGCUGUCCUGCUUAAUACCUGGGGUAGUGGUAAAUUUAAAGUAGCUGAAUUAUCCUCAGCAUUGGACAAAUCAAAAAGGGAAAGUGUACUAAAAAAAUUUACUCAAUCAGAAAUCAAUGUCCUAAUUGGGACAGAUGCUUUAGCAAGAGGUAUUGAUAUCUCUGACUGCAAUUAUGUAAUAUCUUAUGACCCUCCAAGAAAUAUCAAAACAUAUAUACAUAGAGUGGGUCGCACUGGUCGAGCUGGAUGUAUUGGACAUGCUGUUACUAUCCUAUUACAGAAUCAAGUAAACCAGUUCAAGGAAAUAAUACAAGCUGGUGGCAAGGCUGAACUUCCACAAAUAACAAUCGAAGCUGAUGUUCUUGACCGUCUCACAAGCAGCUACCAGCAAGCAAUAAGCGAGACAAAAAGACAAAUUCAUGCUGAGAUUGAUGACAAAGUUAAGAGGUCUUUGGAAAUUAAAAGAAGAUUGAAAUCAAAACCACAAAAGCGAAAACUUACUACAUGAUUGUUUUUAUUACUUUGUAAUUGAUUAAGAAGUAAAUGGUUAAUAUAACAUUAAAA